CAUGGCAGUCCCCGAGUGCCUGAUCCACCCAGAUACACACACCUUGCCAGGUGUGGCACAGUUCCUGGACUACUGACAGGAUCCAGAAACACAGCAACCCACCACUAACAUAUCCUGGGUCCUCUCCACCCAACAGCAGCCUAGUGUGCAUCGUCCCUAGAAGGUGGAGCAAGACUCUCAUGAGGAUGUGACAAGUGACUCGUUUACCAUCAGUGAGGGGUCUGAGCCGAAGAGGAUCCCCCCCAUUUCCUCAGGAGAAGGUGGUGAAUAGCAGCCCAGUUGGACCGAGCCAGAACAACCAUGCCAGCUGCUGUUGGAGGACCGGUGGGCUACACUCCCCCUGAAGGAGGCUGGGGCUGGGUUGUGGUAGUUGGCGCCUUCAUUUCCAUCGGCUUCUCCUAUGCCUUCCCGAAGUCCAUCACAGUCUUCUUCAAGGAGAUUGAGGUGAUCUUCAAUGCAACCAGCAGCCAGGUCUCCUGGAUCUCCUCUAUCAUGCUGGCUGUCAUGUAUGGUGGCGGCCCAAUCAGCAGCAUCCUGGUAAACAAGUAUGGCAGCCGUCCCAUCAUGAUCAUCGGGGGCUGUCUGGCUGGCUGUGGCCUAGUGGCCGCCUCCUUCUGCAACACGGUUGAGGGCCUCUACUUCUGCGUGGGCGUCAUUGGCGGUCUGGGGCUGGCCUUCAAUCUGAACCCUGCGCUCACCAUGAUUGGCAAGUACUUCUACAAGCGGCGCCCCAUUGCCAAUGGCAUCGCCAUGGCAGGCAGUCCCGUUUUCCUGUCCACGCUGGCGCCCCUCAACAGCUGGCUCUUUGACCAGUUUGGCUGGCGUGGCAGCUUCCUCAUCCUCGGGGGGCUUCUGCUCAACUGCUGCGUGGCAGGCUCACUUAUGCGACCCAUCGGGCCCCCGGCAGUGCCCAGGGCAGCUGGCGACUCAGCCAAGGCGAUGGCCGGGGGUAGCAGCGAGCCGGCAGGGCCCAGGAGGCUCUUGCAGCGCAUCAACUCGUUCAUUGACCUAACGCUGUUCGCGCACCGUGGCUUCCUGCUCUACUUGCUGGGCAACGUGAUCAUGUUCUUCGGCCUCUUUGCACCCCUCGUCUUCCUCAGCAACUACGCCAAGAGCAAGCAGAUCUCCAAGGAGAAGGCGGCCUUCCUGCUCUCUGUGCUUGCCUUUGUGGACAUGGUGGCGAGGCCGUCAAUGGGCCUCGUGGCCAACACAGCGUUGGUGCGGCCGCGCGUGCAGUUCUUCUUCGCCGCCUCCAUCCUGUACAACGGCGUGUGCCAUGUGCUGGCGCCCAUUUCGGCCGACUACACAGGCUUCGUCAUCUAUGCCAUCUUCUUCGGCUUCGCCUUUGGAUGGCUCAGCUCUGUGCUCUUCGAGACACUCAUGGACCUGGUGGGAACGCAGCGCUUCUCCAGCGCCGUGGGCCUCGUCACCAUCGUCGAGUGCGCCCCUGUGCUACUGGGGCCCCCCCUGUUGGGCAAGCUCAAUGACAUCUACCAUGACUACAAGUACACGUACUAUGCGUGCGGCAUCGUCCUCAUGAUCGCCAGCAUCUUCCUCUUUGUGGGCAUGAGCAUCAACUACCGCUUGCUGGAGCGUGAGCAGCACGCGGAGGCCAAGUACGACCAAGCAGAGGGCACCAAAGACGGCAAGCAGGAUGGCGACGGAGACGUGACAACACCCCUGCGAGCAGCCGACCUGGACAAGGUGGCGGAGGAGACAGUGUGAGGACAUGCCAUCCUCCCCCUAGCAGGCCUCGUAGUCUUCCAGAGUCCCCUGGCAGCUCGGGCCUCAGCUCAACCACUACUCUCUACGGACAGUCGUACCCGAGUUCAACAAGAAGCCAGUUUUGCGAAAGUGCCCUUUUCCUCUCACCAGCAUUGGACACGGCCCUUUGUGCCACCCAGCCGAUGGCUCACUGGGUCAACGUGGUAACGACGUUUGUCAUAUCAGCCAGGAGGAGCCUUUCCCCACAGCAAACUGGUUUUGGCUCUUCUGAGGAGGGUCUUUCUCUGAAGGGCUCUUUUCUUGCACCCAGAGGCCUGUGGGUGCUUGACACCUGAGUAGGCUACCUCCACUUCAGCCACCUGCCUCAAAAUGGUGAGUGAGCAGUGCCCCCUGCAGGAAGGGUGGGGCACAGUUGCCUUUUGCUAGACACGCCAACAGCAGCCCCCUGCUACAGAUGCACUCCUGCUCGAAGAUGUCUAUGGUAAAACAUAAUAGUCACCAAGCAACUUGUUCGCGUCAUGUGAACUCACUCCGAGGGCUACUGUAACUGCGCUACACAGUACAGCCACGUUUGACACACAAUCCAGGGCUGCACAGGGCAGUUAAUCCUGUUGCAUUUAUCUCACACAUUUUAAUUACUUUUUUCUAUCGUGCUCCUCCCCACCUCUUCAGAUCUUUCUUAUAUUAAUUUCCUGGUAUUAUUUGAGGGUUUUUUUAAAUUUUAUUUUAGAUUUUAGUAUCUUUAAAGUUGAGGUUUGAUUAGAAUUCUGUUGAAAUUGUGGGGAUACAGGAGGACGUUCUCACGUGUUAGUGUUUGUAGAAAGUUCUGGUGGGAAUGUGCACUCCUAUUCUCCCUCCUGUUAGCAACCUACCUUGUUUUGGGGCCUCUUGUUUUCGUGCCAAGCUUGCUGACAAGUAUACACAGUUUGUACAAUUAGCUGCUGUGUUGUAAUCGUCAUCCUUGCACUCGUUCUGUCUCUGUUACUCGAACCCGAUGCAGAGCAGCAAAGCCACUGGCUCCAAAGUGCCUUGAUGGAGCUCGCACUGUAGUGUACAGUAGUGUGCAGGACUCCAUUCCUGAGUUCACCUUUUAAAAAUAAAAAGCUUCUUGGUUCUGAGCUGUACUGCAGUAAAUGCAGAACUGGCUAGUUUAACACAGCCUGUGGUAUGAUGACAACUGGUCAUUUCACUUCAAUACGUGGUAAGAAUAUGUGGAUGAAGCGCUAGAGCCAAACCAGUAGGACAUGUAACGGAGACCCCAUGGAAGUGUCCCCGCUCAAGUUGAGCCCACCAUAUCCAGUGCAUAAUGUGUUUAAAAAUGUCUUUUAAAAAAAAAAAAAAAAAAAAAAAACACUUUUGCUCAUUGCCCACUUACAAGUGCUGUUGUUGAAGCGAGUUCGUUAAUGCUCACUUGAAGGACGGUGCCCAUAUGUGACUUUUCAUUAGAAGUCACAUCUUUGACCAAAUUUGCAUGUGCUACUAAUAACUCGAAUCUUUGCUCAGGCAAUGUCGUGUGUACAUGUGCAAUCCUUGGAUAUACGAGGAAUAAAUAUUGAGCCGAAAACAAAGUAUAUUAUACUGUAUACCUGUAAACUGUAAAGGUAAGGCUUCAAGGUGCUGUUUGCUCCUUUUUAGACUUAUUUCCACAAAUUAUACAAAACUAUUUCCAAAUUGUUUUACUUCAAACACUAACACUGUCAAUGGACCUGGUGGGGGUGGGGUGAAUUGAGCCCAGUUGUGUGGGUGCUAGCAGAGCUUCGGUCCCCAACCCUGACAUUAUGGGGCAUUGACUACUGAUGUCUGUUUCUGUCACACCUUUAGUGCACAUGGUUUCCUGUGUUAACCACACAGACUUCUCACCUGAAGGUUGCUGGUUUGACUCCCGCUUUACUCACUCUCGAGCCCGUGAGAAAGGUACUCAACCUGAACUGAUACAAUAAAAUACUUUUAUGAACAGAUAAAAUCUGAAGUUGCUUUGAAUAAAGCAUCAGGUAGGCAAGGAGUUUUAACAGGCUGCCAGUAGACAGUGUUGCACAUUGAUAUUUUGAUGUCUUUUUUCUUCUCGGGCUUUAAUCACAAAGGGAGAGACAUUUGGGCAACAUAACAUUUCAAAAGCUUUAAACUGUAAAAGUAGUGACUGACGUGGACUCUGACAAUAGUUUUAUGUACAAGAAAUGAGUGACUUAUUGAUGUGCCUCAUCUUUUCUGCUCUAUACCACAGAGAAUUAAUAAAUUCUUUUCCAAAAGCCAA